CGGAACGAAUUACCGCCAAUUGCCGAUGGCCGCGAAACUGGAGGUGCGUGAGGCGCUGCUGAUCGAGAAGAAGGUCUGCCGCUUCUGCCUGACCGAGCAGAAGCUGGCCUCGAUUUUCGAGGAAAAUCCACGGGUGAAAACAACCGCCAAUCUGCCGCUGCAGAUUAUGGCCAUCACGGCGAUCGAGGUCUACGCCGGCGACGGAAUGCCGGGGCAUAUCUGUCUGGAGUGCCGCCUCCUCUUCGAGCACUGCUACCGCUUCAAGCAGAUGUGCAAGCGGGCGGAGACCCUCCUGCGCCAGUAUCCGCUCACGGGUAACUGGCCGUCGCCGCUGGAAAAGCCCCGUGCGCCCAUGAUGAUGGGGCCCAAGAAGUUGCUGGUCGUGCCAACAAAGGCAGCCGAGCCAAGCGAAACACCCAAAAAGCUACUGAACACAAUGGCCAAAUCCAGUAGUCAGGUGAUCAUCGAGGACGUCCAGGUGCUGGAGAGCGCCAUGGUGACCCACGGGACGGUAGCAGGUUCCUCUCCAGUGCCACGUCGUUCGCACGCCUAUGAGCUGAAGGUGGAUAACAACCAGGAGCUGUCCAUGGACGAUGUGCAGAGCAUGCUGGAGGAUAUGGCCAGUGAGCUAGAGAAGGAGUUCCCCGAAAUCCCUCAGAAAGCAUCACCCGUUAAGCCGAAGGUGCUGAACAAGUCCUCGAUUAGGAUCUUGAACAAGGGACCCGCCGCUCCGGUGGAACCGCGCCUGGCCACCCCCAAAGUCAAGCGAGAUGACAGUGGCAAUGUGGCAAUAGUGACAGAGGUUCUGGACUCGGAUCUGCCAUUGGACGAUCAGGAUGAUCCGACCAAGAACGCCGAGAAAGUGGUCACCGACGUGUUCCCCUGUCCCGAUUGCGAACGCUCCUUUCCGCUGCAGCAGCUGCUCGAGAUCCAUCGGCUGAAUCACACUCGCUCGCGCAGCUUCCAGUGCCUCCUGUGCGAGAAAAGCUUUUUCUCCAAGUACGACCUGGCCAAGCACAACUUCGUGCACACCGGCGAGCGGCCUUUCAAGUGCGCCAUCUGCUCGAAAGCCUUCACCCGGAAGGCAUUGCUCCAUCGCCACGAGCGAACCCACACGGACGUACCCAAGUUCAUCUGCGUGUACUGCGAGAAGCCCUUCCUUUCGCGCCAGGAGAUGGAGAAGCACACCGAGCGGCAUCAGAAAAAGCGUCCGUUCCAAUGCGGCGUCUGCACCAAGUCGUUUGCCUUCAAGCAGGGAUUGGAGCGUCAUGAGACUGUCCACUCCACCAAUCUUCCCUUUCCCUGCCAGCACUGCGAGAGAAGCUUUUCCACCGCUUCCAAGCUGGCCCGCCACCUGGUUGCUCACGCCGGGAAGAGGGCGUAUCCCUGCAAGUACUGCCACAAGUCCUACAUGUUGUCGCACCAUCUCUCGCGCCACCUGCGCGUGCACACACAGACUUCCGACGCCUCGUUCGUGUGCAGCGAGUGCAAGGUGUCGUACAACAACUACAAUGACCUGCUGGAGCACGCGCUCAUCCAUGCCACCGCCAGCCUGAAAUGUCCCAUGUGUCGGAAGCAGAUCGAGGAUAUCGACAGUGUCGAGAGCCACAUGGAUCAGCACAAGCAGAGCGAGCGCCAUGCCUGCGAGUUCUGCGACCACAUCUUCUUGACGCAGAAAUGCCUGCAGCGCCACAUCGAGGACGAUCAUGUGGUGGACAUGGAGCCGUACCAAAACCAGUUCGAAGACGACGGCGAAGGAGAAGGCGGCGUCGAUGAGAAGGAGGAACAUCUCGACGAUUUUGAAGACCUGGACAAUGCGAAGCAGGAGGAAUUCGUGACGGAAUAUUUAGAAGACGAUGCUCUCUAUGAGGACCACCUAGACGAUAGCGACGAAUCCUUCACGCCGCCGCCUCCGAAGCAGCGUAAAACCAAUCCUCCCAAGGACGCCCAGCAAUCCGUGCGCCAAACUCGCAGUCGGGAUGCUCAAAGAAUCACUCCGAAGACGGGAAAGAACGAAGGCAAGCCUCAUCACAAACUGGAACGCAACCUUAAGAAUCGCAGAUCCGCAAAAUAAUGAUAGCAGUUGAAUAGAUUGCUUGCGGAAAGUGCAUCCGUGCUUAUGCUUAAAUUUAAAUUCUAUUUAAUUGUAACUUUUAAUUUUUCCUUUAACCGAAGGCCUUUUAAAUAAACUCCUCACCAGAA